AUGCCUCCGCGAACGUCCGCCCUCACAUCUUCAUUUUCGGUUUCCGACAGCUCCCUGAACGAGGUCAUUUGCCCUCUUAGGAAUCAAGGCCGCCGCAUUGACUUACCAAACGUAUCCGGAGUAGAUGGCUCUAGCUGCCGCAAGCGAUGCAUCGGCGAGAAGAGAUAUCGCUCUAUGCAAGAGCAUAUUCGAAGGGCGCACCCGGAACACUACAUAUCCAAGCUUCCUGCAACCGAGGAAAGCUUCCUCCUCAUGAUCAACACCCCGCCUAGCGAACGACCGCAGCAAAGCCCAGCGGCCGCUCCUCGGCCGCCUGCAAUCGACCAUCUCAAGGGAAGUGGUUAUUCACAUGAUCGGCAACAUGGUUACCGCCGCGACGAAUCGAGCGCCCCGCCAACACCGCGAAACCCGGAUGAAUAUCCACCAGUAACUCAGAUGCUUCCCGCUGCUAGUGCUGCAGCCGCUUUGGCCCAGCUGCACAAACACAGCAUGGAGCCAGAAUGGGGCGACUCUGAACCUGGUUGGCACUCUGAUUCGGAAAAGGGGAGGCUACCGAGGUCAUCGAUAGAACUACCACCGAUUCAUCUGCCUGGAACCGAUUCUGCAGGGGACUUGUUCACCAUGUCGGGAAGCACAAGCAGGCACAGAGACAUGCUACCGUCGAUUCUUGCCACAUCACCACCGGGCCGAUCAUCGACGCUGCCACCUCUCCAGCGACCUCUGGGUGCGAACCGGCCACGGAAGCAGUCCAUCACAAAACGGGGCAGAGAGUCGCACCACAAAAAGCAAAGAUCCAGAGGUGCCGCGGCCGACUGGCUUCGGCGGAUCCAAAACGACACGGGCGGAUUGGCCCCCGCGGACAGGCUGAGGCCAGGCGACCAUUUCAGCAAGGCCAAGUCGGCAGAGCCGACGGGGGACACGGGGAGGCGUUGGGAGGACUUGAUCGACGCGGCGGCAUCAGCCACGGAAGAGGUCGACGAGGACAGGACGCCUGUAGGUCCUCGCAGCCCCUAUUUGAUCGACCCGGCCCUGACUUUUCAGGUACCGCAAUCCCCCAUAUCUGUCCACCGCGCAUCACUACCCCCUUUCCCCCAACCACCGUCCUUCCCGAAUCAAAACAACUAUCAGGCCUCGCCUCUGCAGCAGGCCCUGACACCUCCUUCGUAUAUACAAGAGGUGCCCGACCCAUUUCCUUCCGUCGAGAGCGCCGAGAGCGGUGAUAACUUCCACAUGGAGUCCCGGGGACUCUCGGACUCGUCCCCGAGCUAUUCGUCCCAGAACACCCAAAUUUACUGCGCGGCCUGCCAGGGCGUGUCUUUACUCAAAGAGUCAUACGCGUGCACCGAGUGCAUUUGCGGUCUAUGCCCCGCUUGCGUCGAGGUCUUGAUGAGCGAACAAGGAGCGAGAAGGAAGUGCCCCCGCUGCGCCACCAUAGGGGGUCGCUACAAGCCAUUUCAGCUCGAUAUCAGGUGA